AGCUAACGAGUGGUCACAAGAACAAAUGAAGUUAUAGACCAUGCGCUUCAGGAAAAGACGUCAGGCUUUUGCAGUCACGACAAUAAGUGGUUUAAUCAUUAUUCUAUAUCUGACUUUCCACAGACAUUCAUCAGUAAUCAGUAAAGAAAUUCAGUUUCGAGGGAUUAUUGAUCAUGAAUUGCGUAAUUGCUCAUGCUCUGUGAAAUACAUCAAAGACCGUCACCCUAACGGGAGUAUCAUCCGAGCUGAACAGGUGAAAAUUGGUGGUAAAAGUUGGAAAAAGAAAGCAAACAUUACUGGAACACCGGCGUAUUCAAACGAUAUUCAUUACUUACAAGAACCUAUAGACAAACACGUUUUUAACUACAUCCAUAACCCGGAGAAAACGUGUUUUCACGAAAAUGGCACGGAGAUGGAUGUCUACCUCGUAUUCUUUGUUCUGUCAGCACCAGGGAAUUUUGAACAACGGGAGAGCAUAAGGAUGUCAUACGGGAAUAGGGAGACCUGGCCAAGCAUUGGCGGUGCGCAAGUGGUGACAGUAUUCAUGCUUGCUUCUACUAGCACGGAAGGGAUGGGGGAAAAAAUUGACGCCGAGUCUGAUCGACACGGGGAUAUCGUACAAGAGUCCUUCGUUGAUUCGUAUGUGAACCUGACACGGAAGACUAUCAUGGGUUUAAAAUGGGUCAGUAACCAUUGCGGACACGCCCAGUUUGCCAUGAAGAUCGACGAUGAUACAGCAGUCAUCCAACGUCGCCUGCUGGAAGUCCUCCAUGACGCACCUCAUACAGGAUACGCAUCGGGUUAUGUCUUCAAGGAACCCAUCGUCAUGAGGGACAAGCAGAACAAAUUCUACCUUUCAAAGAAAUAUUAUCCCGACGAUCACUUCCCCUCCUACCCCAACGGCCAUGGGUACGUCAUGACCAAUGACGUGGUCGACGCCGCAUUCAACGUCGCUAUCACCACACCCCUGUUUCCCUGGGAGGAUGUCUUUUUUGGCAUUUGCCUUCGCAAGCUCAAUAUAACUCUCCGCCAUGAUGCGAAGUUUUUCUACUGGGGAAAGUAUACUUCUCUGUUAAGUGCCAGAAUGCAUAGAAAGGCAGGAAGGUAUGUUAUUGCAACAGACAUUCCCCCGAAAGACAUGGUGCGUUUCUACCAAAGAUUUCUAAUCAGCAAUUAUGUUCAAUCCAGUAACCAGUUUGCGUCAUAUUUCAAAAUUGUUUUGCUCUGCCUUGGAAUAUUGUUUUGCAUAUAUCUUAUUCCUGUAGUGACGGAAAAAAGAAAAGUGAGAAAAGGGUAAAAGGUAGAAGCUUGAAUAAGAGUAUACAAAUGUGAGACUGACGUUUAGAAGUCAAGAAUGACCUCAUGGUAAUCACCUUGAUAAUAUCUUCUUACCGCCGUAUCAAGAUAGUCUGGCGCAUGCAGCCCCGGAAUAGUAUAUGCAGUAGCAAGGCAAAUGCAUUUACCUUCUUGGGGCGAGCAUUGACCCUGGGUUUUGGGGGUUAAGAAAUGAAAAAAAAAAUCAUUAUUCAAAUACCCCUUAAUGAUAUUGGCCUAUUACCUACAGAUCAUUCCUUUUUUUCCAAAAAACAAAUUCGAUGGACAUGAUUGAUGGAAUAUGUGCUCAUCGAUUAUGUAUAGAAAUGACUUUGUCGUGUAGUCUGGCAGUAAUAAAUCAGAUUGUAUUUGAGAGUAGCAAUUAUACAAGCUUGCUUUUUUACGUUAGUCUCGUCUAUGUUCACGUGAAUCUUGCAGGUUUGCAGGUUAUACAUUAUAUUGCUCUGCCGUUAUGUAAUAUUAUGUCUCUGAGUACUGGUUCAGUGCCUGAAGAACUAAAAAUAGCAAAGGUUGUGCCAUUGUUUGAAAAGGAAAAUCCAGAUUAUAUUGAAAAUUACAGACCU